GCUCAACACCAUCGAGGAAAUAAUGUAGACUACUGCGCACAACGUGAAGACGCACGGCAAGAAGAUCAUCUGCACUCUUUAUCAGCCUAGAUCAUGUAAUUAUCCAAUGGAGAAAAUGAUCCACUUUUACGCAUAGCAAUUAAUGCCACAAUCAGCAAGUUUUGACCGGUGCCGUUGGUCAUGCAUUUUUUAGACACUUGGAGAGAAUCAAGUUUCGCCCGUGGGAACGCUUCGAACACCUGAGUCACCUGCGUGAACGUGUGAAUGCGCGUGAAACCGUAGCAAGCCAGAGGAGCUGACUGAGAAACAAACGGGACACGCGAAGCGCGCACGACCAUGGCCACGGUGCCGCCGACCUUUGGCUUUACGCAAGAGCAAGUGGCUUGUGUGUGUGAGGUGCUGCAGCAGGGAGGGAGCAUCGAGCGCCUCGGUCGUUUCUUGUGGUCUCUGCCAGCCUGCGAGCACCUGCAUAAGAACGAGUCCGUACUCAAGGCCAAGGCUGUGGUGGCUUUUCACAGGGGGAACUUUCGCGAACUCUACAAGGUGCUGGAGAGCCACCAAUUCUCGCCUCACAACCACUCCAAGCUGCAGCAGCUGUGGCUGAAGGCGCACUACAUCGAGGCAGAGAAGCUGCGCGGAAGACCGCUCGGUGCCGUGGGCAAGUACCGUGUGCGCAGGAAGUUCCCGCUGCCGCGCACUAUUUGGGACGGCGAGGAGACGAGCUACUGCUUCAAGGAGAAAAGCCGCUGCGUACUUAAAGAAUGGUACUCCCAUAAUCCUUAUCCCUCACCAAGAGAGAAACGCGAGCUGGCCGAGGCCACAGGGCUCACAACGACGCAGGUCAGCAACUGGUUCAAGAACCGCCGGCAGAGAGACCGCGCAGCUGAGGCCAAGGAGAGGGAAAACGAGGGCACGAAUCAGAAUGGGCACAACCCUCUGCCUUCUCAAAUAACCGAGAGCAAAUCUCAGUGCGAGAGCUCUGACGAGGAUAAAUCUCUGCCAGGGACCCCAGAUCACCCGGCCAUGAGUCCUGCCCUGCUCCUGCCCUCCAGCUCAGGCCUGCCACCACUGCACAGCUUCGCACCUCCGGCCGGACCCAGUGUCUCAGAUUCGCACCAUCCUCAUCCCCAUCUUCUUCAUCAUCAUCAUCAUCAUCCUCCUCAUCCUCAUCAGCAGCACAGCCACCAUGAGCAGCAUCUAUCUAUGCAUGAUGGCCUCCUCAAUCCAAUGGCAGCCAGCCUGGUAGAUCUUGGCUCCUAACAAUUUAAAUGGUGUUAGAGCACAUGAGCAAUGGGAAAAAAGACUAUUUAUCUCCAGAAACCAAAAAAGACAAAGACAUUCAUGAAUCAAUUUCCCAACUGUUACAGAAAAUACAGUUUGUUGCAAGACUAUCUUCAGUGAAAUGUUAUGUGAUGGGACACCAUGAAGUCUUACAAAACCAGUAAACCAGUUUCCAAAAAAGAAAAACAAAAUAAAAAAGACCAAAGAAUGAAGGGCGACAUCCAUCUUGUUUGUGCCUAACAUGCAAGAAGAGGAGGUACACCUUCAACAUUUAGCCUAUGUGCUAAGUCAUUAUAAAUCACCUGAUAGUUUUUGAUAUAUCUUGCUAUACAUGAAAUAAUAAAAUAUACAGCUAUUGACUAAAGA